AUGAGAGUUUUCCCUGUGUUGUAGAGUAUUGCGCUUCAAGCUCACAUAUGAGCCACCAUGAGCUACACUGGAGAAUGUGUAAUUAUUCUAGUUUUUCUGGCUUCGGUAGUUGUUGUUUCCCAGUCAAAACAAGAGGUGAACCUUUCGUAUUUAUCCAAUAGUGGAUGCGAGAGCUGUCCCUCCGUGCUGGCCGCUUUGGACAAGUACAAGGAAGAUCAUACCGCAUUUUGCAAUCAUAAGGUGCAAUCAAUGUUUGAGAAAUACGAAGCUCAGAAAAAUGUGUGUGAUUGGCGAGUCAACCUCCUGACAAAAAUGUUUGAUGAGCGUCUAAAUUCAUGCUACCGCGAACGCAUCUUGGAAAAGGAAAUAUGCAACUUAACCAUAGAUAAAGAAGUCGAGAGGAGACAUUCGACAGUUGAAGUGCUUCAAGCAAAUAGGCGAGAGAUCCUGACUGAAAAUCUACUGGGACUCUCCACUGGCAAUUACUUCAUCAGCAAACCAACGCAAAAGGGGAACUGGUAUUUGGCAAGUCAAUUUUGCAAAUCAAACGGUUUAGAGCUAGUUAGCAUCGAAACAGAGGCGGAGAGUAUCGCACUUGUCGAAGCCCUUGGAGAAACGACUGAUCGUUUCUGGCUUUCUGGAACUGAUCUGGGAUCUGAGGGAAAGUUUUACUGGAGUGCAACAGGAAAGAACAUCGGUCUUUUUAGUGACUUUAGUAGUGGACAGCCGGAUAAUUACAAAGGGAAUGAGCACUGCCUCCAACUCUGGACAAAUACCCCCAACAAAACAUAUGCUUGGAAUGACAACGUGUGCGAACACAUGUACAGAUUUAUUUGUGAGCUAGAUAAUUAGGCAUGCUUCUUUUGUAUUCAUAAUGAUUAAUGAAAAUAAAGCUGAGAAAUUAAGUGGGCAAUAUCGAUUGUUGAACAAAUGCUUAAAAAUGGAAUAAUUGGUGUAGAUUGUGAGAUUUAUUAAGAGUUGACCAACAGGUAAUAUCUUUUGUCUUAAUUAUAUGACAAAUUUUCUGGUCAAUAAAUACCGUCAAUACCAUUCUAACAUAA